GCCGCUCCUGGUACACGUCGUCAGUGCAGCAUAAUUCCGUUAGGCAGGCAAGACGCGCGGCAGUCUUCGUGUGUUUUUUCGUAGGUUCGGUUGUACCUGUUUGCCACAGCUUCUUCGUGAAAAAUGAGCGAUCGCACCGUGGUCAUAGUGUCCGCCGUUAGGACACCUAUAGGAUCAUAUUGUGGGUCCUUAGCUUCGUUGAAAGCAUCAGAACUAGGAAGUAUCGCCAUCAAGGAGAGUCUGGUAAGAGCUGGACUGAAAGGAUCAGAUGUUUCUGAAGUUAUCAUGGGACAGAUACUUACUGCGUCUGAAGGUCAAAAUCCUGCAAGACAAGCGGCAAUACACGCUGGCAUACCCAUUCAUAUACCUGCUUACCAAGUGAAUAUGUUGUGUGGUUCAGGUUUGAAGUCUGUAAUGACUGGUUACUGUAAUAUAAAAUCAGGAGAAAGCGAUAUAGUUGUGGCUGGUGGUCAGGAAAAUAUGAGUAGAGCGCCACAUGCUACUUAUCUCAGAAACGGAUUAAAAUUUGGAAAUUGCAAUUUAAUGGAUACACUACUGGAGGAUUGUUUAACGGACGCCUUUCAUAAUAUUCAUAUGGCAAUGACAGCUGAAAAUCUUGCUGAAAAAUAUGCAAUAACUAGAGAGGCACAGGAUUCUUACGCCAGCAAAUCUCAACAGAAAACAGAGGUUGCUAUCAACGCUGGAUAUUUCGAGAAAGAAAUCAUCCCAGUGACCAUUGCAAGUAAAAAGGAAUCUGUCGUUGUAUCUAAAGACGAAUUCCCGAAAUUUGGAACGACCAUGGAGAAGCUUGCAAAGUUAAAACCAGCGUUUAAACCAAACAAUGGGACAGUUACUGCUGGCAACGCGUCUGGUAUAAACGAUGGUGCAGCUGCUGUAGUGCUCAUGUCCGAAGAAACUGCUGCAAAUAGAGGAAUUUCACCAUUAGCCAGUAUUGUUUCAUUUGCUCAGGUUGGAGUUGACCCUAGAAUUAUGGGCGUUGGGCCCAUCGAGGCUGUUAAAUUAGUUUUAAAGAAAGCGAACUGGACAAAAGAGGAAGUGGAUAUUUAUGAGCUGAAUGAGGCCUUCGCCGCACAAGCUAUCGUGUGUGUUCAAGAGCUUGGUUUGGAUCCUGAGAAAGUUAAUGUAAACGGCGGUGCUAUCGCAUUAGGUCAUCCUGUUGGCAUGUCAGGUACAAGAAUACUGGUUACACUGUUACAUACUUUAGAAAGGACAGGAAAGAAAAAGGGUGUCGCGACCUUGUGUAUAGGUGGGGGAAUGGGUAUCGCUAUUGCUAUUGAAAGAAAAUAACGAAUGUCUUCUCUAUUUAUAUGUAAUAUAUACAUACAUAUAUAAAGUUUGUUAUAUUUUUAUUAAAUUUCUCGAUAAAAAAAUGGCCUUCUUAUGUUAUACAUCGAAUAAAGGGGUAUUUAUUGCUAUGUUGCAUA